AUGGAUUUCUUCCCUCCAUUCCUGAAAACCAUAACCAUAGCUACCGUCCUUGUUCUUCUUGUUCUUUCUUACCCUCUCUUCUUCAGGAGACCCAAAUCAAGAACAGGCAAACAACUUCCAGAAGCAGGGAGAUCAUGGCCUGUUAUAGGCCACCUGUUGUCCUUGGCAGGAACUCAGCUUCCCCACCUGAAAUUCGCAGAGCUGGCUGCUAAAUACGGCCCGAUUUUCAUCGUCAGGAUCGGUUUGUACCCAACCCUGGUCGUCACCACUCCAGAGCUGGCUAAAGAACUCUACACCACCCACGAUGCAUCCAUAUCGUCGCGCCCGGAUCUCACUGCUUCCAGGAUUCUGAGCAACAACAGGGCCGACUUUGCAUUCACUCCGUACGGUGACUAUUGGCGCCAGAUGAGGAAGAUUACAGCCCUGGAGCUGCUCUCCAGCCGCAGGCUGGAGCUGCUGAAACACGUCAGGAUUUCUGAAGUGGGAGGGACCAUCAGGAGUCUCCACAAACUGUGGGAGAAGAACGACAAGGACAGAGUCUGUGUUACGAUGAAUAAGUGGGUUGGGGACAUGAAUUUGAAUGUUAUACUCGGGAUGGUGGCAGGGAAGAGGUACUACUUCGGCCAUGAUGGAUUUGCAGAGGCAGAGAGAUGCAGGGGAUUGAUGAGAAAGUUCUUUCAUUAUGCAGGGCAGCUUGUUGUGAGAGACAUGUUUCCAUUCCUAGGGUUUCUGGAUAUAGGAGGACAUGAGAAGACCAUGAGAAGAGUGAAUGGAGAUUUGAACAAACUUGCGGAAGAAUGGAUCGAGGAGCAUCGAAGCAAGGGAACGACUUUCUGUGAUGAUGGUGAACAAGAAGAAGACUUCAUAGAUGUUUUGCUCCGUGUCCUGAAAGAUGCAGACCUUGCUGGAUAUGAUCUCGAUACAGUUUGCAAAUCCACAAUCAUGACACUGAUUGUUGGAGGAACUGAUACAACAACCGUGACUCUAAUCUGGGCUCUUUCCCUGCUUCUGAACCAUCCAAGUACCUUAAAAGAGGUGGUAGAUGAGCUUGAUAUGAUUGUUGGUAAGGAAAGAGUGGUGGAUGAAUCAGAAAUUUGCAAGCUUCCUUAUUUCCAAGCCAUGAUGAAGGAGGUAAUGAGGUUGUACCCAGCAGCUCCAUCUGGAGGUCCACGAGAAUUCUCAAAGGAUUGCAUUGUCGCCGGGUACCAUGUUCCAGCUGGGACUCGGCUAUUGGUGAAUGUUCACAAUGUACAAAGGGAUCCAAGGGUUUGGCCAGAGCCAAUGGAGUUCAAACCAGAGAGGUUCCUCACGGCAGGGUACAAGGACGUCGAUGUGAAAGGGCAACACUUUGAGCUCAUCCCAUUUGGUGCUGGAAGAAGGUCGUGCCCUGGAAUCAACUUUGGCAUUCAAAUGACUCAACUGGCUCUGGCGAGAUUCCUGCAAGCGUUUGAUAUCUACAAACCGUCAGAUGCACCGGUCGAUAUGACUGGUGCACCUGGACUGACUGUCAGCAAAGCCAUCCCACUUGAAGUCUUGGUUCGGCCCCGCUUGCCUGCAUACCUCUAUGAACUAACGAAAAAUGCUUGA